CCUCCAAUUGGCGUUUAUAGGUUGUAGUCCCGGCCUAAGGCCUGUCGUGGAGCAAGUGAGAAUCCCAAAAAAAGGAAUUACUUUUUUUAUUUUCUUAUAAAUAUAUUUGUUUAAUUCUACGAACCUGGAAAUUAAGUGAAUAACGGUUUAGAGGUGUUGAAAUUGAUUUAUCACGUAAAGGGCAUUGGGCUUUGAGUGAAAAGUGAAACGUCUUCAGAUGAUGAAUACCUUCAAAAAGCCCACCAGUUUGUAUUAUUGGCUAUCAUAUGAAGUCGCAGAUUAAAAAGUGAACACUGAAUAUUUGGUUCAUUAGUGUCUGACACUCCAUUGGUGCUGGAUGAAAAAUGAACUCUGUUUCAAGUAUAAAAAGCUGAUGCCUGGAUAUUUGUUAGAAAUUGCUGCCAUAGAGAACGUGCUAUUGGGUGAAUAGCCAUUUGUAACUUUUCUUCCCGCCCUUCUUUAAGCUACGUUGCUGAGUUUUUUGUAUGCUGUUUUGGAAGCAAAAUUAUUGCACAAUUGUUUUUAAGUAGUUGAACUUGAAGGAAGCACUUUUUGGAUAUUUUUUUGCAGCACUAGACUUGUAUUCAUGAAAGAACACUAUCCAGAAAUGCAGCCAAUUCAGGGACAGUUUAAACUGAAACCACCACCCAGUAAAUCUCAAGACCUGUCUGUGGAUAUGACCUCAAGUCAUGCACCAGAAACAUAUGCUAUGAAUCCUAAUGCAGUUGUAUGCUUGCCACCUGCCUCUGAAGAUCUCCGACUAGUAUGGACCUUGGCAGACCAAGCCAGCGAGUUGGAUGACAAUGAACAAUUGAUACAGUCCUUUAACAGGUUUCCAUACCCGACUGUUCCAGAGAUUGCUUUAUUGUGUUUACGUUAUGGCCUUCAGUUGGACAAAGUCAAAGUUUGGUUCAUGGCUCAAAGGGUAAAAUAUGGAAUUAGUUGGUCUCCUGAAGAGAUUCUCGAGGUCCGGGCAAAGUUGUCGCAAAAACAAGAAGAGUGUUAUUUUCAGCCACUUAUCUCUUCAAAAAAGCAGACCUCAGAAAAUUCAGAACAGCCCUGUCCAUUAUCUGCUGAACAGACUAAUUUUUCAGUUCAGGAAGCACUAAAAACGCCACAGACUGCUCCUGUAAGUCAGGGAAAGCCUGAAGCAGAGUCACAAACCUCUACUACAUGUCAGACAUGGGAGUUAAAUUCCAUAAAACCAGAUCUUUCUUGUAAUUCCGUAAAGUCAGAGGUUCCCUGCCCUUCUGUUGACAGUGAAGUUCAUGACUCUAAAGAGUUAAGUUCUUUAGACAUUAUGCUGCAUGCAAAUGAGCCAUGUGGUUCAAGUAGGUUAGCUCCUUUAGCCACUGCUCCUCCUGAGAGCUCGGCAGAACUUGUAGACACUCCUCAGAGCUCAGCAGAAUCCAUGGGCCCUAUAGAAAAAAGACCACGGCUUUCUGAACCACCUGCAUCAUCCUCUGCAUUAGAAAAUUACCGCAAGCCUAAUGAAACUGUUGAAAUUAUAAGUAGUGACUCUGAAGAUGAGGUUCAGGAAGUCGGUAGUUUGAACUGCUUCCAAGGUGUUACAGGUCUGCCUACUAAAGAAACUGGAAAUGGCAUGCCUGUGCAUUUACCGGAUUUGAGGUGUGAAGGCCUUCUUAACUCUUCAAUUGAUCCUUUUCAAAAGUUGGACUUUUCGGGCCCUGACUUGGCAGAUCUUGAGAACCCUGACCUUCGUUUUGGCUCAGUAUCGGUGGAUCAACCUAGGAGGUUAAGUCUUCCAGCGAAGUUGAAAAACUUUCACUCUGCUUUUAGUAUAUGGAACUAUCCAUUCCCGAAUGGACAAUCUAAAGAUUCUCCUGGUUUCAGACGCCAGAGAAAAACCAAAGAACAGCUUGCUAUCUUAAAGUCCUUUUUCCUGAGGUGCCAGUGGGCAAAAAGUGAGGACUAUAGUAGAUUGGAAGAAAUAACAGGAUUAUCUCGAGCAGAGAUUAUACAGUGGUUUGGGGAUACACGCUAUGCACUAAAACAUGGACAUCUCCGUUGGUUUUAUGAGGGCAACCCAGAGGCUUUUCCAUGUCGUUUAAGAAGCCUUCAAGGUCCGCCAAAGGACCAGAUUGACAUAAGAUCUCCUACCUCCAAGUCUGGCGCUGGUAAUGUAGAGUACGAGCCUUUAGAGCAAUACCUUAACAUUAAAGGACACUUGGAUGACAAAGACGUGGACAUGUUGUGUCGAGAGUCGAGACUGAACUAUCAGCAGGUUGUUGACUGGUUUGCAUCAAGGACCCAGGAUGCUACAGCAGAAGUUGUUGUGUCCUUGAGUGAUGAUGAGGAACUAUAUGGAUAGGACUGCCAUUUUAUUUUUUAGGCAAAGUAUCUGCCACUGAAAAAUUGAUUUAUAUGGAUAUUUUAUAAAUGUUAAUUCCUAAAAAGGUAUAGCUAGAACUGCCAAUUGUACCUUGCUCUUAGGAACCUUUUGGUAUUGGCUUUGUUUCAUGUGAAUUUCCUCAUAGUAUGAAUUUCCUAAUGGUUUAUAAAACAGAUUGGCAGCAUUGACAACUCAGUUUCUAAGUUCAUUUAAUUGAUCCCAUUUCAAACAGAGGCAGCUGUUUCUUUUUGUGUGGAAUAAGCUGUCUUUGAUUUUUCAUCCCAUUUUGUUGCAUUUUAAUGAACUUCUAAGACCACAUCCUUCGGUGUUUUGGGUGAGGGCUUAAUUCUGCUUUUCUGAAUUGUUUUGUUAUCAUGCAUAUACAUACACACACAUACACACACACACACACACACACACACACACACACACACACACAGGUGUGUGUCACUCAUCUGUCAAAAAUUAUGGGUGGCUGAAGUAAGCUUUGCUUUACUGGUAUUACCACACCUUUCUAGUCCUAGUAUGCCAUAAUCAGAAGUUUUGUUUCUGGCUUGCUUCCCUUGUAACUGCUUAUGGAGAGUUGAUCAUUUUCCAUUGUAUUUGCAUUGGGACAGUGCUCACUGAUUCAUGCAAUAUUCAACAUAUACCAUAAUUCUGGUAUAUUUAACCAUUCCUUAAAAAGAAAGUGACUUUUGUGAGAGUAAAUACUUUUCUAUGUGUGAUCAGUGCUGCACGAUAGUGUUGUCUACAUUUAGGGGCUGUCUUAUCUGCCUGCCUGCCUGUAGGUGUAUGGUUUAUAACAAGACAUGACAGUAGGUAUGAAAGCUCUGGUUAUUUGGCCUGACAUGGUAUGAGUUUUACAUGGCAUAAAAUACAUUACAGUUGCGUGUAACUUACACUUGGUAAACCUAAGAUAGAGGGAAGCUGGUGUACCUAAAUUGGAGUAAAGAAGGCCCUUUAUUUUAUAUUCUAAAUCAGAUAUUUUGUAACUAGCUGCUGGAUCAGGUUUUUUUUUUUUUACACUAGUCAUUGUAUAUACAGUAUACUGUGUCAUGGGUGUUGGCUGCUGUGCUCCUGACCUAAUAGUGUAAGUAAAUAUGGAAUGAACUAAAAACUUGAGACUGUUUCAAACAUUAACUUAUUGUGAUUGAUAGUUCAUAGUAGUGAUAAGGCACUUCAGGAAGCAAAGCUACAGUGAGAUGGUUUCAUGUGCCCCUGUCAUGCCUUGUCAUUACAGAAUGUUUUCACUUAGCGCAGUUAAUUCCUGUUGCAGUAAACGGGAAUUAAAUGAUUAGCUGAAAUACUGUAUGUGACUGUUUUUUGUAUUUUACAAAUUAUUGUAUAAUAUAUGUUUUCAAGGAAUUUGAUUUUAUAUCUAAAUACAUAUACAAAGAGAAAGAUCUCUAGUUGACAGGUAAUAAAACUACCUCAGUUAAGAUUUUGUAUUGGGUUUCACAUUUGACAUUUUCAUAUUUUGGAGGUGUCCGCAUCUUUGAAACACUGGAAGUUGAUAAAUGUUGCCAGUGGGCCACUUUACUGGUUGAUCCCUGCCUGUAUCAUGUUCCCUGAUAGUAUUGCCAUUUGAAGACACGGGGAAUGGAAUAUAUAUUAUGUUACAUUAUAA